AAUAAAACAAAAUAAAAUAGAAUGCAUAACAAGCAAUUUUAAGUAAAAUCAAACAAAAAAUACAAAAUCAACGUCUUCGUCUUCAUCGCUUUAUUCAACGAGAAUGUUGUGAUCCAUAAGCAACAUUUAGAAAUUUCCCCUUUUUUUUUUUUUGUGUUUUCAUUUUAAUAUUUUUUGUAAAUAUAUAGUGGCAAACAGAAAAUUAGUAUUUUGUUAUGGUAAUUGCUGGACAAGCUAGUAAUAGGAGCUAGUUAAAUAAAAACAAAAAAAAAAAACAAAAAAAAAAAAAAAAACGCAAGUAAAGGAAUAAAAAAAAAAUAAAAAAAUCAAAAAAGAGAAAGCAAGCUUUGCUUACUUACGUUACCCGUUUAACUUAACUUAUCACGUAAAUCACGUAAAGAUGGCCGUUAGUAAUAUUGUAUGCGAAUGGUUGCGUGCUUUGGGUUUAGCUCAGUAUGCGGAAAGUUUUCUUGACAAUGGCUACGAUGAUUUGGAAAUAUGCAAACAAGUCGGUGAUCCAGAUUUAGAUGCCAUCGGUGUUGAGAAUCCAGCACAUCGUCAUAAACUGUUGAAAAGUAUACGUCAGUUACGUGAAAAGGGUGCCGCUUCCGUUUACUUUAUGCUCAACGAUCCCAAUUCGCUGUCAGGCAGUACGGAAAUAUUAUGCGAAACGCCACCGAAUGAACUAGAUAUAGUGAUACGUGAACAAUUGGAAACGGAUGGAGUUAGACUAACAGCGCAUCCCUAUUCAACACCGGAUGGACAACGUGGCCAUUUAGAGGGUCUGGCAUCCGUUUAUUGUGAAUUGUUAAUGGCUCCCUUCGGAGAUAUUUUAAGUGCUUUAGAAAAUGCUAGACAAGCAGCAUGGGCUGAGCGUAGCCCCAUGAAUCCGGCCGGCGGCAGUGGGAGUAGCGGCAGCGGUAGCGGUGUUAGUGGUAUUGCUACGCAUCAUCGUCAUCACGGCCAUCGUGGCAAUUCCAGUCAUGGCGGCGGUCUACCCAAUAGUCACAGUCAACCGAUCUAUGUGCCAGGAAAAUAUUCGCCCUCAAGCUGUUUGUCCGACAAAGAAGAAGAUGAAAUUUAUGGUUUUGGUUAUGGUGUAUUUGCACCGCGAGUGGCACGCGGUGUUUUAACGCAACAGCAACAAUUAAUACAACAGCAGACGUUACAACAGCAGGCGCAUAUUAGCCAGCAACAGCAUCAGCAACUUACUGUCGUGCAGUCAGCGCAUUUACAACCGCCACAACAACAACAGCAGCAGCAACAACAACAGCAGCAGCAGCAACAACAACAGCUGGCAUUAUCAGCACAACAUCACACAUUGCAACAUCAAGUUCUGCCACAUCAUUUGCAAACACAAAUCCCGCCCAAUGCAGCUCAUUUAAAUUUUCUGCAACAAAACUGUUUAAGUCCUCGGUCAGCCUACUUUUAUGAAUUUCCACCAAAUGCGGCAGAAGGUCGUGAAAAUAAAAAGCGCACAACAUUGGCCCGUUUGCUGAAAGGUUUAAAAACAGUGAAUCGCAGGGAUCGUAAUAAUCAGCAAAAUACAGCAGCUGCUCAAGCGCGAGCUGCUAAUGACCGUUUGCGUCAUUUUCAAACAAUCAACGGUGGUCAUCAGCACAGUUUCGAAGAGACAAUCCAUAGGUUAAAAGUACAAGAAGCGAUGCGCAAAAAGGAAAAAUUCCAACGUGAACAUGAAGAGAUUCUACGCGACAUACGCCAGGGUUUAUUACAAAUGAGCCGUGAAGGCAAAAUUGACGAUACUUAUAUGUACGACGAUGCUAUACGAGGACCGCAUUACGCGGUUAGUGGUAUACAUCCUCAGGGUCAUUGGUACGAUGAGCCACCCUAUGAAAGUGAUCCCGAUGACUUUCUAAUGUCUGGCAUGAAUUGUGGACCAGCUGCCACAAUACAGGGUGGUCGUGUACGUUUCACUUCGAAUCGUGAAAGUACGGGAGUGAUUUCUUUAAGAUCAGCUGGUGAUAUAUCUUUGCCGCAACGAGGACCACCUAGGCGUGGACUUAUUGUACCUCAACAGCCACCAAAUCCACCGACAAUAAUACCACUAACACAUGCACGUUCUCAUGAUCGUGAAAGUGGUGAUUAUGCUGGUUCCAUAUCAGACCUUCAAAGUGUUACCUCCCGCCUAAGUACGGUAUCGAUUGGUACCAACAAUUGUACAGCUCGCUAUCGUACCUUAAGUGGUGGUGUCGGUGAAUCACCCUCACUGUCACCCAGCCCGUCUUCCGAUUAUGAGGACAUAGCAGCCACGCGUGGAUUGCCACCCAGCCUGGCAUUAAAAUCAAAAAAAUGCUCAGCUCUUACCAACAAAGCCAACACAAUCAGUCAAAAAGCUACCAUACAUCAUACGAAUGAAAUGCGAAAUUCACCAAAGGAAAUCGGUGCAUUUAAUGAGAACGGCGUGCGAAACUUUGUUGCCACAAAGGAUACUUCAAGGGAUUUCAGUAAUUCCCAAGAUAAUACCGACCGCGGCAGUAUGAGCGAUCAGGCUUUUGCAUGUUCGGCAAGUUCCGUCGAAAGUUUACCCAGUGCUUCCGGUUCGAGCACUCAGGCUUUAGUACGUCCAGGAAGUCCACAAAGCUCCAUAUCCACCGAUGAUCGUGCCUCGUUGGCAGCAUCAAUAUGCAAAGCGAAGGCUCUCGUUGACAGCAUGCCAAACCCGUAUGACAAAGACGCACUAAAAUUUAAGAAAGGUGAUAUUAUCGAUGUAUUGUCAAUGAACGCUUCUGGCGUAUGGAAGGGUCGCUGUCACGGUCGUUUGGGCCACUUUAAAUUCAUCAAUGUUGAAGUGAUACCGGAACAACGUUUAAAACAUUCGCACAGUAAAGGUUUACCUACAGUCGUAGGUAAGUCGAUUGCCGGUGCAGGUGUUGGUAUUACUGUAGGCGGCGGCGGCGGCAUUAUUGGUGGUGUUGGUGGUAGCGCGCGUCAUAUGACUAGCAAUGGUCCGCAUUCAGUAGAGGAUUUACUUAUGCGUAUUGGCCUCAAGGAAUACACAUCCGUUUUCAUACUGAAUGGUUAUGAAGAUCUCGAACUGUUUAAAGAAUUGGAACCAGCCGAUUUGGAUUAUUUGGGUAUUGUAAAUCCAGAACAUCGUGCCAAAUUGUUAACAGCUGUACAACUGUUACACGAUAUCGAAUCUGAAACUAAUUUUCGUUUUGUGUGUUUAGCUACGAAUUUCCCACAAACAGGCUCUGACGGUGAUAUAGCCGGAUCUAGUUCGGAGAAUGAUGAGGCUCGUUUAAAUAAUAUCAACAAGAAACAUGGUACCUCACCAUUCGGGCGUCGACAUUUUCCACGUGAUUCGGGUUGCUAUGAGGGAUCACCUGUGCCGCUAUCACAAACGCCGACGCAAACAUUAGGGGUUUCGACAGAUGAAAGCAAUAGUUUAGAUGAUGUUGUUACCAAAUGCUCGAGUGAGAUAAUGAAACGUGUGGAAAGCGCUAGAAAGCAAAAAGAUAAUCCUUUUAAAAGCAGCAGCGUGGCUUUAACGACACGUGUCGGUAAAAAAUCGUUGCUAGGUGCAAGUCUAAUCGCUGAUGAUACUCUUACUCGAGGGGGCGGUUUAAGUGAAAAGUCCAGUGAUUCGGGUGUUAGCAGCAGUUCAUUGUCGUCGGGUCCCAUGAAAAAUAGCACUUAACAUUUACCCACCAUAUUA